AUGCAGAGUUCGACCUGUUUGAAGUCAAUGACGACCGCCUACGACUUCCCUGAUUUGAAUAUCUCACCAAUACUUGGAGAAGAGGAGAGCGAUAACGAAACAGAUGAACAGAAUCCAGCUGACCUCCCGGGUUCUCAUCAUAUGGACGUUCCUCUUCAGGACGUUUUGAAAGGACUGUCAAUUUCGGAAAGUGAUCCUUCCAGAAAUGCUCUAUCGAGUGGUGCAUCUGAUGUCGAGAGCUGUACAGAUGCUCAACGCCGACCAGCGUGCUUGUAUGGUAAUACACAACGUGGUGAUUCGUUCGAUUCAUCAUCCGAAGGAGCCUUCGCUGCACUUGAGUGUGAGAUGAAACGCUCACUUUUUUCUGUCGCCGAAUCGUGCGAUUUCGCUGCUGAUCUACAAGAAUCUUUCUGCAGUAUUUUGAGCGGUAUGCUUUUGGCAAUUUGCCAUCAUUUCGCCAAUUUUUUACAGUUCGCAUUGCUCUUGAUUAACAUUCUAGGUUGUCGCGUUAAUGUAGAAAUGGGAUGUUGUACGGAGUCGUCGGCAGAUGUGCGUUCUCGACUUCGUCGCAUGGGUGCUGUUGUUUCACGACGUUUCACAGAAACGACCACUCAUGUUGUGUUCUCGUUCGGAGGAAGAGCUGCAAUUCUGCGACAUGCUUUUUCGUUGACGAAGAGACCAUUUCUUGUAGAUCCUCAUUGGGUGUAUGAGUGCUUCAACACUCAAACUCAUGUUCCAGAAGAACAGUACUCUCUUUACGACUGCCGUUUUCUAGUUAGUGCCCUCCGGAGGAGUUUGGAUUCGCGAUGUGUCUCCGAAAAUGGAAACCUAACUCAUGCGAACAACAAUGAUGUACCUACAACAGCUUCUACUUCCCAUGUUGAAGGAGGUCUUCUGGCCCGCAGUGCUUUGACUGAGCUUCUUGCGAAGAUUGAUCUCCUUUCAAGACGUCUUGAUCGAAUCGGAGCUGCUCCAUGCGUGUUGGGUAAUCGCUGUCCAAGUGCUAUGAAAGGGAAACUGCACACAAAUGGUGUUUCUAAACAAUUCAUGGUCAAGGAAAUGAGGAAGAUCCCCGUGAGCGGAAAGGUAUUGCGACGGCGUACUCUUUCUGCUUUCCCACUGGAAUAUCGUGAACCAUUCUCGACUGUUGUCCAAUUGUACCGUGAAUCGAGAGAUGAAGAAAACGCGAUAUGUGGUCGCCUCAGGCGAAUGGAUCUUGAUGAAAACAAUGACAACAAAGAAAACGAAGGCUCCAAUUCUGUCAAAGUACCUCGCAAACAUAAUACACAGCACAAGAGGCGGGAACCGCUCCAUGUGUGCAUUCAAUCCCAAAAGUGUCUCGCCGCAAUAGAAAACAGCUCCGAGAUGGGUGGUCUUCUUGGUUUUCGAGCUCCUUUUCAUGGUGGCGCUUAUGCCCCUUUGGUUGAAACGGCGUCUUCAAUGAUAAACCAUCUGCAGUUGGCAUCUACUUCUGAAGAGUUCGUUAAGAAAAAGCAAGCCCCUGUUGUUGCCAGGAGCAGAAAUGGGAUCGUAUUCACUGGGUUCUUCAGAGAGAAGGAAAGGGAGCUGCAUUCUACAGCUUCCGAGCUGCGUCUGAAGGUGCAGACGAAAAUCAACGCCAGAACUUAUUGUGUUGUUAGUGCGAAUGGAGAUCGCACGUUAAAUACUCUACGAGCUGUUGUUUCUGGUAUUCCAGUGGUUAAAACGGAAUGGGUACUGCACUUGAUGCUUGUGCUGAAGCAAACAGGUUCCUACCGCUGGAUCAAUUUCACCACAAACGAUGGCAGAGAUUGUAUCAGUGAGAACAAGGUACUUGAGAUCGACGGCUACAUGGAACACGAUGUCGUUGAUGAAAUCUGCUAA